UGAGACGGUUUAAGCGGAAGCAUCUUACUGCCAUCGACUGCCAGCAUUUGGCUCGGAGUCACUUGGCUGUGACCCAGCCCUUCGGUCAAAGAUGGACAAACAGAGAUCCGAACCAUGGUCUCUAUCCUAAACCCAGAACAAAAAGAGGGAGUAGGGGUCAAGGAUGUCAAAGAUGCAUCCCUGAGUUCUUCCUAGCAGGCAAGCAGCCGUGCACCAAUGACAUGGCCAGAAGCAAUUCUGUUGGCCAGGACAGCUAUCAGGACUCUGAGGGUGACAUGAUCUUUCCUGCAGAGAACAGCUGUGCACUGCCUCAGGAAGGCAGUGGAGAAGCACUGCUGGGCGCUUCAGGGUCUGCCCCGCCCUCCAGGAAGCGGGCUCGGUCCUUUGAGGAAGAGAGUAACCAGGCUAUGGGGACCAGCCGGUGGGAUGGAGUUUCUAAGAAAGCCCCGAGGCAUCAUUUGUCUGUGCCAAGCACAAGGCCUAGGGAGGCCAGGCGAGAAGCAGAGGACAGUACAUCUCGGCUCUCUGCAGAGUCUGGAGAAACUGACCAAGAUGCUGGGGACCUGGGUCCUGAUCCCAUUCCUGACUCAUACUAUGGGCUUCUUGGGACCUUGCCCUGCCAGGAAGCGCCGAGCCACAUUUGCAGCCUGCCUAGUGAGGUCCUGAGGCACGUGUUUGCCUUCCUCCCAGUGGAAGACCUCUACUGGAACCUGAGCUUGGUGUGCCACCUGUGGAGGGAGAUUAUCAGUGACCCAUUGUUCAUUCCUUGGAAGAAGCUGUACCAUCGAUACCUGAUGAAUGAAGAGCAAGCUGUCAGCAAAGUGGAUGGCAUCCUGUCUAACUGUGGCAUAGAAAAAGAGUCAGACUUGUGUGUGCUGAACCUCAUACGAUACGCAGCCACCACUAAAUGCUCCCCAAGCGUGGAUCCUGAGAGGGUGCUGUGGAGUCUGAGGGACCAUCCCCUCCUCCCCGAGGCCAGGGCAUGCAUGCGGCAACACCUCCCUGACCUCUACGCCGCUGCUGGGGGUGUCAACGUCUGGGCUCUGGUGGCGGCCGUGGUGCUCCUCUCCAGCAGCGUGAAUGAUAUCCAGCGGCUGCUCUUCUGUCUCCGGAGACCCAGCUCCACAGUGACCAUGCCAGAUGUCACCGAGACCCUGUACUGCAUAGCCGUGCUUCUCUACGCCAUGAGGGAGAAGGGGAUUAACAUCAGCAAUAGGAUUCACUACAACAUUUUCUAUUGCCUAUAUCUUCAGGAGAAUUCCUGCACUCAGGCUACAGAAGUUAAAGAGGAGCCAUCUGUCUGGCCAGGCAAGAAAACCAUCCAGCUUACACAUGAGCAACAGCUGAUUCUGAAUCAUAAGAUGGAACCUCUCCAGGUGGUAAAAAUUAUGGCCUUUGCAGGCACUGGGAAGACCUCAACCCUGGUCAAGUAUGCAGAGAAGUGGUCUCAGAGCAGGUUUCUAUACGUGACAUUCAACAAGAGCAUCGCAAAGCAGGCUGAACGCGUCUUCCCCAGCAACGUCAUCUGCAAAACCUUCCAUUCCAUGGCCUACGGGCACAUAGGGCGGAAGUACCAGUCGAAGAAGAAGUUGAAUCUGUUCAAGUUAACACCCUUCAUGGUCAACUCCGUCCUUGCCGAAGGGAAAGGUGGAUUCAUAAGAGCCAAGCUCGUGUGUAAGACUCUAGAAAACUUCUUUGCCUCGGCUGAUGAAGAGCUGACCAUUGAUCACGUGCCUAUCUGGUGUAAGAACAGCCAAGGACAGAGAGUCAUGGUUGAGCAGAGUGAAAAACUGAAUGGUGUCCUUGAAGCAAGCCGCCUCUGGGAUAACAUGCGAAAGCUGGGGGAGUGCACAGAAGAGGCGUACCAGAUGACUCAUGACGGCUACUUGAAACUCUGGCAGCUGAGCAAGCCUUUGCUGGCCUCUUUUGACGCCAUCUUUGUGGAUGAGGCCCAGGACUGCACACCAGCUAUUAUGAACAUAGUUCUGUCUCAGCCAUGUGGGAAAAUCUUUGUAGGGGACCCGCACCAGCAGAUCUAUACCUUCCGGGGUGCAGUCAACGCCCUGUUCACAGUGCCCCACACCCACGUCUUCUAUCUCACGCAGAGUUUUCGGUUUGGUGUGGAAAUAGCUUAUGUGGGAGCUACUAUCUUGGAUGUUUGCAAGAGAGUCAGGAAAAAGACUUUGGUUGGAGGAAACCAUCAGAGUGGCAUUAGAGGUGAUGUAAAGGGGCAAGUGGCCUUGUUGUCCCGGACCAACGCCAAUGUGUUUGAUGAGGCCGUACGGGUGACGGAAGGGGAAGUCCCUUCGAGGAUACAUUUGAUUGGGGGGAUUAAAUCAUUUGGAUUGGACAGAAUCAUUGAUAUUUGGAUCCUUCUUCAGCCAGAGGAAGAACGGAGGAAACAAAACCUCGUCAUUAAAGACAGAUUUAUCAGAAGAUGGGUGCACAAAGAAGGUUUUAGUGGCUUCAAGAGGUAUGUGACCGCUGCUGAGGACAAGGAGCUUGAAGCCAAGAUCGCAGUAGUUGAAAAGUAUAACAUCAGGAUUCCAGAGCUGGUGCAAAGGAUAGAAAAAUGUCAUAUAGAAGAUUUGGACUUUGCAGAGUACAUUCUGGGCACUGUGCACAAAGCCAAAGGCCUGGAGUUUGACACUGUGCAUGUUUUGGAUGAUUUUGUGAAAGUGCCUUGUGCCCGGCAUAACCUGGCCCAGCUUCCCCACUUCAGAGUUGAGUCAUUUUCUGAGGAUGAAUGGAAUUUGCUGUAUGUUGCAGUAACUCGUGCCAAGAAGCGUCUCAUCAUGACCAAAUCAUUGGAAAACAUUUUGACUUUGGCUGGGGAGUACUUCUUGCAAGCAGAGCUGACGAGCAAUGUCUUAAAAACAGGCGUGGUGCGCUGCUGCGUGGGACAGUGCAACAAUGCCAUCCCUGUUGACACCGUCCUCACCAUGAAGAAGCUGCCCAUAACCUACAGCAACAGGAAGGAAAACAAGGGGGGCUACCUCUGCCACUCCUGCGCGGAGCAGCGCAUCGGGCCCCUGGCGUUCCUGACAGCGUCCCCGGAGCAGGUGCGCGCCAUGGAGCGCACCGUGGAGAACAUCGUGCUGCCGCGGCAUGAGGCCCUGCUCUUCCUCGUCUUCUGAGGCCAAGGUGCACUCUCUGCAGUGCAGAGCAGCUUGCCAAGGACCCCAAGCAAAGAAAGCCAGCGAGGGGGCUCCUGCUCCCUGAGACUCUGGGUUCACCCACAGCACUUUCUGAGGAAGAGGAAACCAGCCCAGGCUGGACCUGCCAUUUCUCCACUCCCUGCAGACAGCCAGUCUUCACUUGCCUCCCCUCCGUACACAUCCGGUCGGGGAAGUGGGGGAUGUUCUUUUGAUAAAAAAACAUUUUAUGUAUUUAAACUUUUAUUACAAGAUUUCAAUUAAACAGGUACCAUAGCACUGGUGCAC